UUUUAGAAAAAAUUAUUUUUAUAAAUAAUUAAUUUAAAAUUUUGGAAUUCGGAAUAAAAAUUUACAAACCUAUUCAUAAACACUAAAUUUCAUAAUUUGAUACAAAUUAACAUAUAAUCCAAGGUAACAAAUAAAUCAAUGUUAAAUGUUUGGAAAUGUGAGAAAGUGUAUGAGAAAUGGUUAAAAUUGCGGUUCCCCAUCCGUUAAGAAUGUUAUAAUUAAUUAUAAUAAUGUAAAAUAUUAUGCUUUAACUGCAAAAAAUUUCGUAGGAUAUGGAAGAAGAGUAUACAGAGUGGGAUCAAUUCAGCUCAGAAUCUUGCGAAACCCUCAAAUGGAUCCCCUGGUUCACCUCCCUAGAAGGCCACGAAUUCCUCCUCGAAAUUGAGGAAUCGUUUGUGAGAGAUCAGUUUAAUUUGAGUGGGUUGAAGAGUUUACGUAAUUACAACGGAGCGAUGAGCAUGAUCCUUGGUCCGGCACCUACGGAAGAAGUUUUCAUGGACGGGAAAUUCCUCGAACUUUACAUGAACGCCACUGAUUUAUACGGAAUGCUACACUCCAGAUACAUCACCACACCCAUAGGACUCAGACUAAUGAGGGAGAAGUAUCAGCAAGGCGUGUUUGGGCAAUGUCCUCGUGUGGAAUGUCAGCGUCAGAAUGUGUUACCGGUUGGGUUUAGUGACAAUUUACACAAUCACAGGAUAAAGACAUAUUGUCCCCGAUGUCAGGAGGCGUAUGUCAUCAGGUCUGGCGAAGUCCACGCCGACAUUGACGGCGCCUUUUUCGGCAGAUCAUUCCCUCAUCUGUUUCUACUCACUUUUCCUAACCUCAUACCAGACCAGCCACCAGUACCCUUUGUUCCCAAAAUCUUCGGGUUCAAAGUCCACAACAUCAACUCACUCAUUAAAAUCAAACUCGAAAACGGUGAGUUUGGAAAGAUAGAGGACGAGGAUUCCAAUUCGCAAGAUGAGAUGAAGUUAGAUUAAAUUUCUACACCCCAUCACUUAAUAUUUUAACUCAAUUCCA